AUGAUAUAUGCGGUGAAUCUUUUUGAAGCUUUAGCAAACUCAAGCACAGAAAUGGAAGAUUUUAAUGAUGAGAAUAGCAAAGAUGAUGUAGGAAGAAUUUUUGAAAAUGUAAAAGUUGAUGAUAAAUUAACAUGUAGCAAUCCCAUGGAAGUUUCUUAUUAUUCAAGUUGUUUAUUUGAAGAUAUUUGCUUUCAAUUUGGAAAAGUACCAGAAGAUGAAUAUGAUGAAUCUACUAAAGUUAGC